UGUCAAAGUUUAGUUAUAUCGUGCAAACGGACAAUAAACUUGACAUAAUCAGUUUGGCCCCGCGGUCGCUGUUGCCUGGGUAACCUUUAGUAAACAAAGAGCGUCGGGGGGUGAGUGGUAGUGGCGUGUGGGAACUGUGGUGGUUUCUGUGGCGGCUCCCGAUGGCUCGCAAUGCCUACCACUCCGGGGUGCGUGUGGGGAACUGGUACGAGAACAGACUGAUGGAAGAGGCGAUGAGGAAAUCAUUAGAAAGCAGAAAAAGUGCAGAGAGGAAUUUCUGGGAACUUCAUGCGGCCCUUCUGGAGGAGGGUAUUGUAUCUGUGUGUCCUGAUGGUCUUCUUCACUUCGGGGACUCAGUUUUAAUCCAUGCCCCUGUGGUGGAGCCCCGGAGAGGUAAAGGAACCGCACGCCUGCCCCCUACGGCCUCUACCUCCACGUCAAGCUGCCACGGACUCUCUCUGGCGUGCACCCUCGCUGCCACACCCUCCAGGGAAGCACUGAUGAAAAAUUAUUACGAGGAGACAGCCAUCACCGCCAGCCCUGAUCAUCACAGACCCAUGAUUAAGAAUGUGUUUACUAUUCAGCCGCGGAGGUCAAAGGACAGUCUGGGAAGCGUCCUUUGCUACGGUGACCCCUUUGACCUGACGCACACCACGCAUGGAGGUCACCACUAUUACGUGACCUCCCCAGUAGGCACGGCACUCCACUCUGGAAGGGAAAGCAGGAGACAAGAGGUUCUGCUGAAGGAGGAGCCGAGUUCCCAUUGUGUCUGGAAGCUGCAGCCCAGUGACAGAACGCUGAGGAUGGUGAUGGAGGGAGAGCCAGCUGAGGUGGGCGCGCGGGUGUUGAUGGUGCAGACGAUGACCAACCAGCCCCUAGUAGUGGAGGAGGAAUUUCCCACCACCACCAUUUACGGCCAGGAGCAGCAAGUCAGUGUGGGUGUGGUGAACAGAGCCACCACCAGAGCUGCGUCUACCUUUGCCCUCCUCACCUGGACCCGCCACGUCCCUGAAAACUCACCUGGGGAACUAGACAAGGCGGAGAUACCAGAAGUGGAGGACCUGGAGAAGGGAAGGGAGGAAGAUAAAGAAAGGGAGAUUGAGAGGGAGAAAAGGAUGAGGGAAGAGCAGAGGGAGGAGAUGAGGAAGGAGAGGGAGGAAAGGGAGGAGGAGGCAGUUGAAAGAUUACGGUUGGCACUUCAAGAUAUUAGUAAUGAUUCAUCCCAUAGUGAUUAGUGGUGACUUCCUGACUCAUCACCUACUUAAUUUCUACCGCUACCGUCACUACUACUACUGUCAUAAACAUCACCACGAUCAUAAACCUCACUACUAUUACUAUUGCCACAAUCUUAAACAGUGCUGUUAUUACUACCACCUCUAUCAUAAACAUCACUACUACUACCACUACCACAUUCAUAAACAUCUCUUCUAUUACUAUUACCACGAUCAUAAACAUUGCUACUAGUACUAUCACCUCGAUCAUAAACAUCACUACUACCACAAUCAUAAAGACCACUACCACAACCACCACAAUCACCACUACCAUAACACCUGCUAUAACACACACCAUCACUAAUACAACCUUUCAUAACGCCAAAAAUUACCCUUACCUUCUAACACCACCACCAUCACCACCACAGCCACACUGACCACAAAAAGACAAUGAAAAUUAAUACCUUUAUUCUUUAACUCCCCUUAUUCUGCCCAUAGCAUUAUAUGGGUCACGCUAACCACCCCAGGACCAGAUAUUAUCAAACAUUUCUUCGGAUACUCUCUCCUCAUUCUUGAACUCUUCUUCUUGUACGGUUUUUUCUGUAUCUCACUCAUACACACGUUAAUUAACACACACGCACGCCCACCGGAGAUAUUUAAAGUAUUACGUGGUGUUAUUGUAUUUAUUUUCAUGGUAUUUAUUGUUAUUCAUUAGUACAGUCAUCUCUGUCUUGUAUAUCAUUCAUGUACUUCAUUUAUUUGUAAAGCACGCAUGCCCACCAGAAGAUAAUUGGAUAUUUUAAAGUAUUAUAUAGUAUUAUUUAUUGUUAUUCAGUGCAGUUGUCCCUUACAAUACGAACAAACACAUACUGAAAAUUCGCCUUAAUAUUCUUUGCUCACACAACGAACGCCAGAGUUCUUACCCGUUCGUAAGUGAGGGACCACUGUACUGAAAACUAUGGGAGGGAAGUGUAAGAGAUGGAAAGAGACACAUAUAUUGAUAAAUAAUAAUAGCUAGGGGAAUGGAAAAGAAAAUAAGAAAAAUGAUAGAUUUAAGUUAACCAACACUCUUUCAGUAACCCAACACGUUCGCUAAGUGAGGAUUACUGUAUUUACUUGCGGGUCCAUUAAAGCCUUAACACCAAAAA